CCAGCAGUGUGGUUCUGGGCGAUGGUCUGGUUCUCCUCAGUGCCGUUCUGUACGCCAUUUCUAACGUCUGUCAGGAACAAACGGUGAAGAACCUGAGCCGGAUCGAGUUCCUCGGCAUGAUGGGACUCUUCGGGACCCUCAUCAGCGGAGUGCAGCUAGCUGUUCUGGAAACACACGCAGUUGCAGCGAUAAAAUGGGAUUUUCACACGUCCCUGUGGUUUGCAGUGUAUGCUCUGUGUAUGUACUCUCUGUACAGCUUCAUGCCGGUGGUGGUGAAGAUGACGAGUGCCACGGCGGUGAAUCUGUCUCUGCUCACCGCCGACCUGUUCAGCCUCUUCUGUGGACUCUUCCUCUUCCACUACAGCUUCUCCACUCUCUACAUCAUCUCCUUCGUGGUCAUCAUGGUGGGCUUCGUCAUGUUUAACGCCGUCCCGACGUACACAGCUCUGCCGGGGUCCGGGUCCAACGAGGAGAACCCCCCCGAGGAGGAGGAGAGCUCCUCAGAUCGGCUGCUUUCUGCAGGACCUGAGGCUCAGAGAGAGCCAGAGAGAAGAGACACUAAGAGGGGCGAGACCCAGAGACCCUCAGAGACCCCCACCCUGGAGACGCUCUGUGAGUGAGGAAGAGGAGGAGGAGACACUGCAUUAGGUGUGUUCAUACAGCAGGUCUCUGUGAAGAGGACUGCCUGCUCUCACCCUGUUACUAAGGGACUCCAUAGACAGAAAAUUCACUCUAUUUUACUCAGAGACCCUCAGAGACCCCCACCCUGCAGACGCUCGGUGAGGGAGAGAGGAGGAGGAGGUGAUAGUGCAGAGAGAGACAGCUGCAGGUCGUGUUCAUACAGCUGCUCCCACCCUGUUACUAAGGGACUCCAAAGACAGAAAAGUCAUUAUUUUUAUAUCGAAAGAAGAUGCUUCUAUCGCCGCAUUAUUUUCAUUCCUAACUCCGGGUUUCCUCCCGUCAGACAGAAAGUGAAUUUGCGCAUUUUGAAUAUGACAGAAAACGACAUCUCAACGGUUGCAUCGACACAUUCAUUAUCCCUCAUUUUAAACAAUAACUUUUAAAUAGACCUUUAGUACACAGUCCCAAGGGACAUGCAUGAUGACAUGUUGUGGACCGUCAGACAGAACGUUCACUCUUGUAUUUUUAUAAUCGAGGAAUAUUG